AUGAAUUCAGAUUGGGCAGGACUACCUAAUGAGCUUGUUGAUUUGAUAUUACAAAGCAUCAAAGACAACAAGCUUCUUCCCUUGCCAUUUCAAGUACCAUCUGUUGACCGAUUUGUCGGCUCUUCCAACGGAUGGUUAGUCACCGUGGACGACGAUUUAGUUGUUCGUUUACUCAACCCACUGUGUUUGGUCCCCGGGAAACAAAUUGGUUGUGAUCCAAAUACUUACAUUACUCUUCCACCGUUGGAUCCACCAUGUAGUAAUUUUGAUUACAUUCGCAAGGUUGUACUUUCUGCUAAUCCAACAUCAAGCCCCGACGAUUACAUGGUCAUGGCCAUAUUUCGUGCCGAUCAUCACGUAGCAUAUAUUAAACCAAGCAAAGAAAAAAAAUGGACUUACGUUAACCAUAAUUGGGGCGUACUUCAUGAUCUUAUAUACUACCGGGAUAACUUUUGUGCAGUUGAUUAUAAGGGUGAAGUUAUUUAUUUUAACGAGGUUGAUGGAUCGUUUUCCAAAUAUUUGCCUAUAAAUCACACGGUAGAACUAGAAAAUUUCGAAACAAAAUAUAUUGUGGAGUCACCUACAGGGGAACUAUUGCUGGUUGAAGUAAUAAAGAGGUGGGAUUGGCAUGGGGGAUAUAAUUACACAAGAGGAGUCGGAGUUUGCAAUCUGAAGUUAGAUUCAGAAGAAUGGGAAUGGAGGGAGAUGAAAAGCAUAGAAGACUGUGCUUUGUUUGUGGGUGACAGCAGCUCAUUAUCUGUGGUGGCAUCCGAUUUUUGUGGAUGUCAACCAAAUUGCAUAUACUUAAUAGAUGACUACGAGGCCUUUUUAUAUGCAUCAAUGGCUCCAAAUGGUUCGUAUGCAUUGAAGAGUACCAAAAAUGUGGGUGUAUAUAAUAUGGAGACUAGAAGCUUUACUCCUUAUGACACCGCCAAGGAUGAUGUGUGGUUGGCUGAUACAGCAAAACUUGGGAUUGUUCCCUCUUUCGUAGUUUAUAAGCCUGCCUGA